AUGAUCCACUCUUAUGGUGAAACGUUAUCGUGCGAGGAAGAAAUAGCAUUGCAAUAUAGCAAACCUCCUAAAAAUCAACAAGGGAAACAUUUGGCAAUGCUAAUUCUCAGUUCGGUUCAAACUGUCGACCAGUCGUGUUGUUGGAACGUCAUAUGCCCACUCUAUCAAGCUCUGUUGUGCCUGCGGUUGCGCAAAAGAUUGUAUACAGCGGCAUAUAGGAAAGAUCGUCAGCCAAGCACAUCUGGAAACAAAUUUUCAGUGUCAUACGGUUGUAUUGUGAUAAACGGUUUGUACUGGGUUUGUUUAGGUGUUUUCUGUUUAGAACUCGAGUCGCGUGUUUUAUUUCUUGAGUUCACUGCGGAACUACAAUUGCUGUCAGAAACUGAGAGCAAAAGAUCAUUAAUCGUGGUUUUAUUCCUGCUUAGGAAAACCACGAUGACAGCAAGUGCGAGCCCUUCGGUGACGCCUCCAAACCUGGCCUUAGUUCUAUCAGCCGUCACAAUAAACGGACUACUAAUUAUCUUGGGUACACUGGGUAAUCUACUGGUACUUUUGGUGAUUUUUUUCAACAUUCGACUUGCAACACCAUCUAACCUACUUCUUGGAAACCUGGCCCUAAUUGAUUUAUUAAGUCUGUUUGUCGUCUCUCCUGGUGGUAUCUAUAAAUAUAUGUGCAGGAAAGGUUUUUGUCACGUCCCAGAAACGUUUGUUGUGGCAAAUCGUGGACUUUCACAGUUUAUCGCGCCUGCUGCAGUCUCAAGUUUAUUAUCGAUCGCUGUAGACCGUAUUUUAUCCAUUAAAUAUCCAUUCAAGUACACUUCUAUGAUGACAAAACGACGUGCUGUCGUCAUUAUCUCCCUUACGUGGCUGUUAGGGGCAUUUAUAUCAGCUGUUUUUAUGGUACUAAACUUUAUAUAUAUACAGCCUGCAUACUGCACUGUCAUCAUGUUGGUGACAAUAUUUUUGUACAUUCAUAUCUUCCUGUUUGCUCUGAAAAAAGAAAGACAGAUUGCCAGCUUGCAGAUUUCAAACGUGCAAAGAAAUACAAACUUCUUACAUGAACGAAAGUCGACGAGAACAAUGGCAAUAAUUCUUGGUGUAUUUUGUGCUGCAUGGAUCCCAGCUCUUAUAUUUUACUCAGUAGUUUUUCCAAGUGAUCCACGAUACUUCGACAUACAGAACUGGAUUAACAUAAUAUACUAUUUAAAUGCCUCUUUAAAUCCAUACAUCUACUGCGUACGAAGCGCUAACUUUCGGAAGACAAUGAGAAAGAUGGUGAAGUCUUGUAUGAUUCGUUACAGGUGACAACUGGCCAGGACUAUGCAAUGACUUUACGGAGUUUUCGAAGAGCCUUGUCACGGCAUGGA